AACAUCUUUCAAAAACCGUGCGCGAGCGGUGCUGUUUUCGAGAUUGCUGAGGAUUAGAUGUUUUUAACUUUCAAGCAGCCGCACUGCUGCUGUGAACUAUGUCAAUAUUAACACCAGGUGUCUUUGAUGUCUGCUGUGAAUAAAGUGUUUUAAUCUACCGAGGUCUCCCGCUCCAGAGUCCGAGUUCCGACAUGAAGUGUUUGAAAGUGGACGAGUACAUCAAGCGGACCGCGUCUGUGCAGGAGGCGGAGCGUUUACUCCACGAACUAGAGACGUAUGUGAAGGGUCGACCAGGCCUUCAGGGUCGCACGCUGUGUGACAGGAUCAUCAGAGCCUGUAACCAUCAACUUGGAGUUGGAUGCCCUGCCCCUGAUCACAUCAGUCAUCUGGUAAAGCUGGUGGAGCUUUCCCUCCAUGGCUAUGAUAUCUCUGCAGCACUCGUUCCUCAGAGCUGUCCACUGUAUAUGGAGAAGAUCAUUUUCCAUAUCGUCAAGAAGCUCAGCUCCCUACAGGCUCACAGUCUAUGCAGCUAUGUGGCUGGGUUGCUUUACAGCAGGCUUACUCCAGCACAACAGGGUGAGGACUACUCUGUUCUUUUGCGGAGCUGCUUCUCCGUACUCUGGAGCGGACUCUCCGCUGCCAAAGACAGGAAAACCCUCAAUCCCCAGGAAAAAUUCCACUGCCAGAUGCAAGCUCUGAGCUUCCUCCUGUUGAUGGACACAGACAGUGCAGCUCCCUCCUUCUCCAAAGCUCCCAUAUACACAGAGGAUGCCAUCACUGAAUUUCAGAGUGUCUCUGUAGGGGUGACCAAGGAGGAUGCUUCUUUUCUUCUCCAGGAAUUGCGCUUGCUUUUCAACAGAUGCCUGAUCAGUGGUCGAGGUUGCGAGGGGGACGGGUCGAAGCAGUAUAUUAAGAAAUCAAGUGUGUGCACGCUUUCUGAAAUGCUGCUAAUUGUCGUCAGGGUGCUCUGUAAGGCUGGACACUACGAUGUGGCCUCCACCUUCCUGGAUGAAAUUGAGAAAAAGGUCAGAGACUGUGCUGACUGUCAGUGUACAGCUCUGUUGCUUGGCAAGUGGGCAGUGGAGGUUCAUUCCACAAUGAAGGCCGGCGAGGAGAGUGGCCAGGCUUUGACAAACUGUGCCAGGGCUUUGAGGUCACUCUCAGCAGACUUGGGAGAACAAGAAGCUCAUGCAGUUCUGGAAGGGUGCGCGCUCGUGGUGUGGGCUGUCGAGAAUGGCCACAACAAAGGAUUAAGUGGUCCCGUGCUGCUGGCCUGGUUUUCAUUCCUCGAGGAGCACCAAGAGCGGAUAUUAAAAAUUUUAAAAAAGAAUCUGACAUGCCAGGCUGAGGGCAGCAGACUGCAACAGGCCCUGUGUUUCAGUAUUUACCAAGGCUUUGUAUUUGCUUAUGAGAGCAUGCUCGCAUCACAGCUGGAGAACAGUGACAUACUUGACAGAGUGCUGCUGUACUGCCAAGCCACAGCUGGACAGAUGAUGGUUGAGCUGCGCAAGUUGUCUAGUGAUAGCCUUCUUAUCAAAGCAGUGAUUGCUGUAAGCAACUUAGUUUGUGGAUUGUACAACCGGCGUCUAUAUGACCAGGCCUUCACGCUUGUUGAGAUCCUCUGCAGAGAUCUGUGCAAGAAUUGCCCCGUCUCACUCUCCCUUGACAGGUUGAGCCGGCCUUUCAUGCUGGCUGUGCAGACUUCCCGACGGGCUGGACAACUGGAGCGAGCGCUGGACUGGGUGAUUCUGUGGCUGAAAGCUCUGGGCGACAAAAUUCCUACUCAUAUGGCUGAACCAGUCUCUCUGUGGGUGAAAACAAAGAUGGAUGCAGCACGUAACUCUGAGGAGGACAUCCGACUUAGGACAUUACGUGAUGGUUUUGGUCCUGACCUCCCUGAUGAGGACGUGAUGCUCUGCCUUUUGAAAGAAGAGCUGCAGGCCUAUAAGGAGGUGACAGGGGACACUGGGCAGGAGCGUUACAACACACUCUGCGAUCUGUUGGACAUCUGCCAUGAGGAGAGCUGCCACACCCACCUACGUGCUGUCUACCUCUGUGAAAUGGCCCAAGUUGUUUGUUUCCAGGAUUUCAGUGAACAGACUGACUGCUCGGCAGUUGAUUUUACCCAUGAAGCUUUGCGGCUACUAGAAGAAGAACCAGAGACCACAGAGAAUGCUGAUAGACUGAAGGAUGACAAGGCCCAUGCUUUCCUUUGGCUCUAUGUCUGCACUCUUGAGAAGAAUCUUCAUGAGGCCAUUGAGAAGGAGAGAAAACUGCGAGAGCUGCGUGAACAUGUGACCAAUCCUGUAGGAACCAAUGAUUUUGACUAUGAAGACGAGCAGAAAACACAGGACAGCAUUCUGCUCUAUGAAGGCCUCCAUUUCAACCUGGCUGCAGAGAACAAAUUGUGCAAACCUCUGGAAAGAGCACUGGAUGAGUGGUCUGCUCUUCUGCAGAGUGGAGUUCUGCCCUCUGUCAGGAACCCUAAACAGACCUGUAGCUCCCUUGCUCUGACUGCAGCUCUCUUCAGACUUAUGGGAAAGCCUCUAAAGGCUUUGGAAGCUUAUCAACUCACAAUCGGACUUUCACGUCACCUGUCUGAAACGCAUGCCUGUGCCAGCUCCCUCUGUCAGUCAGCCAGCGUUCUUCUGGAUAUGGGUGCCCCUGAACUGGCUUUGGCCCAGUUAGAGCAAGCAGAAAAAAAUCUUCUCUCAAAUACCACCAGUGAAGGACCCUCUUCCCUUUCAAUGAUGGUCCUGCUGUUGAAAGCUCAGUACUACUACAGCACAGGACAGGUGGGUCGUGGGGUGCCUUAUCUGUGUGAGGUGCUUAAAGAAGUGAAUGAGCAGAGACAGUCAAAAAGUUGGUACCUGCUUCGUGCUCGGGCCCUGCAGACCUGCAGCUCCUACCUGAGUUUGGACACAGCAUCACUGCCACAAGCUGAGCGCAAACUUAUCACAGAGAAUGGUAUAAAUAGCCCGGACACUGCCCUGUAUGAAAGUCUGAAGCUUCUCUGUAGCCUGCUGGUCACGUUGGUGGGGAAAGGCCUGUAUGGGACUAAUAGCAGCACCUCAGAUGUGCGCUUUAUCGACCAAGGAGAUAACCUGAUGCUGAAGUGGCAGCUGCUCUCAGAGCUGUUAAACUCCUCGAUGAAGAUGGUGGCUGUGAGGAGCAGCUGUGGGGCCAUCAACGACGCCAGGCUCCAAUGCCUAGAAGCCCUUAAACUGGCCAUCAAGCUGCAAGCACUCAGCCAAUGUGCUGAGCUGCUGGUGAUGAAAGCAGAGUUGGAGCUUAUGCAGGGGGAGAGAGAAGAAAGUGGUUUUGAUUUGGAUAAAGUCAGAAACCUUCUGGAGCUCUGCACAGAUUUUUCUGAUCAGGUGCAGAAGGCAGAGUUGAAAAUCAAACCAAGGAAAGGUCGCCCAGUGCAGAAAUCGCAGUCUCCCCUACCUACUUUGGAGGAUGAUUUUAAAGGCCUCCUGAGCACUAGGUGGUUUCCUAAAGAACCUGUAGUCAGGGAUCCGGCCAGCUCCCCACCUCUCAAAGCACAGCCGUGCCGGUGGCUCUCCUCUCUGGCGCAUGAAUCUGACUGCCAGUGCCCCUGCUGCUCUGAGCCCUGCCUGGGCCGUGCCACUGCUCGCUGGGCUGCUACACAGGCUGAUCUGGUUCUUAAGCUGGAUCCAAAUGAUGCCAAAGUCAGUGUGAAACUUCAAUGGGCAACAUUAUCCCGCUGCAAGAGUGUCACUGCCAAACUUGGGGCUAAAUUGGCUCAACUCUUUCCUCCUUGUGGUCCCACAAAAGACUCCUCUAAACCCUCCCUGAUGCAAGACGUGGUGGGCCGUGUGUACCUUCAUAUGGCCCUGUCUGGGCUGGAACCAAGACUUAACAACAUCUGUGGUAUAUGGAAAGUACUGGAAGCUGGCUUAGCAUUUGUUGAUUCCAUGCCCUCUCCUGUGCUGAGACCAGUGAGAGCAGGCCUAAUGGCAACUAAAGCCAUAGUAACAUUGUUUACCUUGGCUUCCAAAAAGCAGUGCAACCCAGAGGAGCUUUUCUCAAAUGCAUGGUCUUGGAAUGCACCAAAAGAGCUGAAAUCAGAACAGAAAAACGUUCCUGCCUCAUCCCUGCUUAAAAAGUCUAAAGACCCUGCUAAAAAGCUUAAUAUUCCUGACAAAGCAAAGGAGGCAAAAAAGGUCAAGGUUGUCAAGCCCAAGAUUCCAGCGACAAGCUCCUCAGCCAGAGGAAAGGGACUGGUUCCCAUGACGCCAGUAAUGGUAAAGACAAAGCACUCUGUUAAAGAGCUUGGCUCUUAUGACUUCAACACAGUGGUGCCUACGUUGGCUUGUACUCCUGUUCAAAAAGUGAAAGAUCCUGCUUCAGUGCGAAAAGCACCAAGAACUGUGCCUAAGCAACAGUUUCAUGUGUUCGAAGAUACUUCUCCGAUUCAAGAGAAAACCCGACCAGUGCCCGCCGCCCCAAGAUGCACAAGGAAAUCCCGUUUCAAGGUGGACUUUAGUGACGAGAGUGACUCAGAGGCUAAUACCCAAAUGGAGCCCAAAGAAAAAGCAGAUGCCCCUAAAAAGCGAACAGCUACGAGAAGAGCUGCUCAAAAUGCCAAAACAGUCCCCGCUCUACCUGCAGAGAACACACGACCCAAGAGGCAGACUAAGAGUAAAAAAAGCACUACUGUGCAGGGGGCUCCGUCUUCUGAGGAUGACGAAGGAUUGGUCUGUCAGCCUCCCUCAACAAGAAGAGGAAGAACCAGAAGGGAACUCUCCAGGUCAGAGGCAGAAGCGGUGGAGGAGCCGGACAAGAUGAGGACCAUUGAGGAGGAAUCUAACGAAGUUCUGGACAUAAGCAUCGAGCAGCUCAGGACAUCAGACACAGAGGCUGAAGACAAUCCUGCUUCAAAUUUAGAAAUCUUACGGAGGGAUAUAUGUUGCAACUUGGAGAGAGAUUUUUCUGAGCUGAGGAGCCGAGGUCAUCUGGCAGAAGGGCCACAAACCCAACUCUGUCACUCAGACAUCAGGCCAGAGAAUCUCUCACUGGAGGAUGUUCAGACGUUGCUCCGCUCAGCCUGGCUGGCCCUUCAGCACUUCCCCUCUCCCACUAUCUACCCGACCCUCUGUGCUCUUCUGGCAUUAUCAUUGGGACAAAAGGAUCCUGUAACUACAGCGAUGCUACACGCCCAGUCCUUGGGCGUCACAAGCCGUCAUCGCGCAAUCAGGCAUUUUGCCAGUUGUCUCAAAAAGCUGAGAAAGUCCUCCAGUGAAUUGGCAGACAAGAUGGAUGCUCUGAGUCUAAAUGAGCUCAGCUCGACUGAGUCCAAGACUUCUACUGAACAGAGGUUGGCUCAGUUGGAGAACAUCUUUUCCUUCCCAACUGCUGACUCCUCAUCUUUCCCCAAGAACCACUGCCAAGAGUUUAUCCAACAACUUCAACACCUUCCCCAAGGGGUCACUGUGUGUAUGAUGUCUGUGCUGGGAGUGAAACCUGGGGAAAUGGGCGACAGCAUCAUACUUUCACGACUCGAGAAAGGAUCUGACCCUGUCACCGUUCACAUCCCCACAGCUAAGCAGCAGCGCCCCAUUAGUUGGCUUGUGCAGGAGAUGGACAGUAUCCAGGUGGAACAGAAGGUUGUGAGCAGUGUGUGUGAGAAAGUCAAGUGGUGGGAAGGCCGCAGGGCGCUCGACUCCCGAGUUGAGCAACUAUUGAAAGAGAUGGAGGGAUUGCUUGGAUGCUGGAAGAGCUUCCUUCGACCACUUUCUUCGGAUCCAGAACUCUCCAAUCAGGCCCAACACCUUUGCAAGACCUUGUCUGCCAGAGGAGUGACGGGGAGUGAGGAGAUGUUGAAGGCCGUGCUGUCUGCGUUUCCUGUGCUCUCCCAAGACGACUUGCACAGAUUUUCUCUUGGAGUUUCUCCACAGUGGGACACGGAGUGUGACCAGCUUCUCCAUGAAGCUCUUUCCCAGCUUUCAGAGAGAGACGAGCCCCGAGGUCAUGUGGUUCUCAUCCUGGACAAGUACCUUCAGAAGUUGCCAUGGGAGAGCAUCUCCGCCUUAAAGUCUCUCUCUGUCAGUCGGAUGCCUUCUCUACACUCACUGAUUGGACUGAGCAUUCAGAAAGAGAAUGACUCUCACUCCAUCCUGAGGAAAGGUGUGGACACAAGGAAGGUGUAUUAUGUGCUGGACCCUGAUGCUAAUUUAGGAAACUCCCAGGACCGAUUCAAGGAAUGGUUUAGCAGUAAACUGGAUUGGGAAGGUGUGUGUGGUGUUGCUCCUGACUCGGGUCAGCUGGAAGAAGCUGUGGCAGACAAGGAUCUUUACAUUUACGUGGGUCACGGUGCAGGCGCCCGGUUCCUCGACAGCCAGGGGGUCCUGAAGCGGCAGAUGAGAGCAGCCUCUCUGCUCUUUGGCUGCAGUAGUGCUGCUCUGGCAGUGCGUGGGGACCAGGAGGGACAAGGCAUCAUCCUCAGCUACCUCAUCGCAGGCUGCCCCUUUGUUUUGGGAAACUUGUGGGACGUGACGGAUCGGGAUAUUGAUCGUUUCACUAAAGCCUUGUUGGAGUCCUGGUUAUCUGACGGGUCUGGAGCUCCGCUCUUGGAUCAUAUGGGCCCAUCGCGUCAGGCCACACACCUGAAACACCUCAUCGGAGCUGCACCUGUGGUCUAUGGCUUACCUGUCCACCUGCAGUAGGUGGGCUGCCAAGCGAAACGUCUUCUCAAAGCAGUAUUGCAAACAGUCUGUGCAGUAUUUAAACAUUUAGGUUUCAGCACGCAAGCUGGAGAACACAACUUUAACUUGAAUUUCACCUUGAAUUUUUCAGUUUUAGUUAGAUGCAUUUUUCUAAUUUAAACAAUGCUUCCAUUUUUAAAGCAAUCUAACAGUGAUGUGAAUUGCUUGCUAAUUUUUAUGACGUGUUUGAAUGUAAUUUUAAUGUGUUGAUUUAAUUUUUUAAUAAAUGUGUUCUUACAUACA